UCCCCUCACAACACCCCAACAACCCUCCCCACGCUCUAAUACUGCGUCUCCUCUCACCUUCCCUCUAUUUUGUUCUGCCAGACAUAAAGCCCUCUUCAGUAUGAGCGAGUUUGUGUAAGUGCAACAAGGACAGAGACCUCAAGCCAGAACUGGUUUACAGGCUGUGGGGCAACCACGAGGAAAUACAUGCAUUCACUCACACGCUCACUUACACACAAACUCCAAAAGGAAACCACAGUAUAAACACACACGGACAAAAAAAAACUGGCAAGAGUCGAGACAGCAAGACAAAAACUUUAAAGCGUGGGAGUCAAAAGGAGAGCAAGAAGAGGCGAAAAGACAGAAAAGAGAGGAGCAAGUGAAGGAGAAAGGCCAUGGCAGGCACACAGAUCCCAAGCCGGCUAGCCCUGAUCGUCUGCCUGCUGCUGCUCGUCACCGGCACAGAGAGCAAACGCAGACUCAGGAGAAGAGGACUCAGCCAGAAGGACUAUGAGUACCCAAACAACUCCCAGUCCACUCAACACCAGAAGAGUGAUCGGUGCCCACCUCCACCUCAGAUGCUUCCUGAGAGGGCGUGUGAGGUUCCAAGCUGUCGCUCGGACUCAGUGUGUGAAAGGCACAAACGCUGCUGUUACAAUGGCUGCAUCUAUGCCUGUCUGGAAUCAGUUCAGCCUCCACCUGUGCUGGACUGGUUGGUGCAGCCAAAGCCAAGAUGGCUUGGUGGAAAUGGCUGGCUCUUAGACGGACCAGAGGAGGUUCUCCAGGCUGAGGCGUGCAGCACCACAGAGGAUGGGGAUGAGCCCUUACACUGUCCUACCGGAUAUGAAUGCCACAUCAUUAACCCUGGAAACCCCACCGCAGGCAUUCCCAACCGAGGCCAGUGUAUCAAACAGAGAGGAAACGCGGAUGGUCGUAGCCUUAGGCAGAAGUACUUCAAAGAGCAAAAGGAUUCCCUAGGAAGCAAUGCCAAUAUUGCAGUGGGUUAUGAGAAAUAUCACAAGCACUUAGGCUGAAACGCAGGUGACCUACACAACAAAACCAGUCAACACUUCUACAGAAACUGGAUAUCCUUAACUUUAUUUGGUGCUUUAUAUUUGAGGUGCUGUAACAUAGAAAAGUCAUCAUUUCCUUUCUCGUAUAUACACAUACUGCUUAGUAAACAAUAGAAUUUGUUCUUCAGAUUAUUUGGAAUAUUUAAAGUAUGAUAAAGCUGAGAAAGUAUCAAAGCUACAUCUACCCUUAUACACUUUCCCAGGCUCCGGAAACCAAAGAACACGUAUGUGCACAAAUACCUCAGGCAUUAUUUUAUCAUUCAAAAAAUUGUCAUAGAUUCCUCCAAAUUAUUUACAAAUUGUUAUUUAGAUUGGGAAUGUUUUGGGAUCCUCUAGGAGAAGUCUUCUGCAGCUGAGAAUACUGUAUGGAUGCUUAGGAAACAGAUAUUCAUCCUGUUCUCACUUAGUCUCAGCAGCAAAUGAAAUUUCUUGGAAAUAAUUUUUCUCUGUACAAUUUGAGUGCCUUGGAACCAGGGGCGGUUCUAGACCUUUUUUAGGGUGUCUCCAGCCCCCUGUCUGUCAUCUCAGCCACCCUAAGACUAUAAGUAUAAUUUUUACUUUCAUAAAUAAACAAUAAAAAUUACGUUAAAAUGCAGGACAUGUCGUGGAUGGGAAAGAAAAUUAUUUAUCAGUUUGACCCAAGAGCGAUUUUUUUACUUUGCUUUUACGCGCGUGCGUUGUAGUCUUUCAAAAGUGCGUUAUUUGAACGAAGAAGCACAGGUACGCGCAGCGUGCACGCGCAGUCAGAGCUGGAAGCGUUUAUCUAUAAUGUUAAUCGCCGCAAAGACGGCAACCAAAAGCAGUGAAAUUUCACUUUUCUUAUUACCAGAGUGGUCAUAUAAUAUAAAACUCUUCUUGUUUUAAAUUCUCACUGAGGGCUAAGCCCCCCUAAAGCCCCCUAAGCACUACUUCGCCUAAUUAUUGGAUGGAAGUAAGCGGUUUCAGACGCAGAUGAAAUAAAUAAAUAAAUAAAUA